AUGAUGAUUUGUGCCGCGUUCCAUUUAGGACUGCUGUUUCUACUUCCUCCUGCUUUGGGGUUUCCCCAGCCGCACGCCACGGCAACCUCAGCACCUACAGGCACUGUCAAUGCCGCCAUUGCGCCUGGGCAAAUUCAAGUUGACCCUGUGGAGGUCCCACUGCCUUCAUCGCCGCCAAAGAUUGGUGUCGAUACCAAAUAUCUCACACUGGAAGGAACCUCGACUAAAUGGAUUGGAGUCGAUGACUGGUUUACCGAACCACCCUUGCCAGGCGCAACCGACGCCCCCCAAAAACAAGGGCUCAAGCUGUCAAAAGGCGACAAUGGCCAGGUCGAAGUAGCCCUGAGCAAGUGGUUCCGUGAUGAGUUGAUCUCCAUCUCGAAAGACGUGGCGAAAGAAAUAUCCUGUGCGCUCAAGCUCGGCGCCAGAGCUGGCCCGGCAGAUACCGAAUGUCGACGGCGGCAGCUCACACGGAUCACCCAGAGAUUGGGCCAGAACGAAAGGCUCAUGCAGGAGAUACAGCGAGGCGGCCAACAGCUGGCGAGGGUGGCCAAUAUCAAUGCCGCCGAAGUAGCUUCGCAGGGCAAUGCGGUAGCCAUUGGUGAACCACUCGAGAUAUCAGAGGUGAUGGCUGCUAUGGGCCUUCAUGUUGACCAGGAUGCAGUCCUUCUGGGCGGCUUUGGUCUUUCGAUGGCUAUCAUCAUCUGGCAGGGCAUGAACGUGGUGGAUGCUGUCGUUCACAAGUUCGAAAUGCCGACGCCGGAAAUUGUUCCCCUGACCAAUUUUCACGCACCUGACACAGAGAAGCCGAAGUCCUGCCCUGAAAAGCUAGAAGAUAUGCCGGAAUGCCGGCUGUGCGAUGGAUCCCGAGAUUCUCAGUUCAAGUGUACAAAGGAGGGAGAUUUCAAAGAUUGUACUUGCAUGCCGGCACCUAUGUCUUUCGCAAGACCUGAGAUCAUUGAAGAAAUGUUCGACGUCGAACAAAUCAUUAUAGACUUCAAUCUUCAGAAUCUGGACGAGGUACCAAAGGAUCCGACAAUUCAGUGUGGGAAACGAGAGGCAUCCGGUCUACCAUGGACUAUUUUUGCUGGGGAGAAGCAUACUCUUACCGAGCAGUUCUGCGCAGAAGUCGAGAAGAACCGCAUGUCGAAGCUGAGGUGGAUCGUCGACACAGAGGGACACAAGCUGCGCACGAUGUCUCUGAGGCGUCGGGCUCCUCCUGUCACGCCGGAUACUUAUAAGGACUACUCAGUGGAGCUCGGAUGGUCCCCUAAGCCUUUAGGGUGUACAAAGUCUUGCAUAGAUGCGUACAAGUUCAUCGCGAUGGGUGACUGCGGCCACUAUGGUGGCCAGCAAAACGAGAUGGGGGUAGAUGGUUCGUGGACAGACGCCUGCGGGACUUAUUCAUGGCAUGUUAUCCGACCUCAAAGGGCUGCGAAGAAAACGCCAUUGGAGAGAGGAAAGGCCAAGUGCGUAACUGGUCCAGAUCCUGGCAAUGUCGACCUCAAAUUGGAGAAUGCGUCGGUAUGGGCAUGCGGCAGACUCGACGAACUAUCCGAGCUUCGACCAGGCCAAAGCUGGAAUAACUCGGAGUAUGAAGGCGGCAAAUCGAUGUACAAGCUCUCGGUUGAGUGGCCCCAGGAUUGCGUCGCGGAUGGCCUCGCCGAACAAAAGGUCAAUCCUGGUCAACCACUCAGUCCUGUGGAAUUUAGCUGCUGGAGCGAUGGUUGGUGGAACAUCCGUAGGGAUUGUUGGAAUGAUGGCUACGGGCUUCAAGGUGGUAUCAAUACCGUUGGCGGGGAGCGCGACUUUGGCUGUGUGAAGUACAAGUUCGCCAUGUAG